GUCAUCUUCGUAUAACUCCGGGGCACUCGGCACCUUGUCGGCCAACACUUCGCGCCAAAUUUUGAAGAUGGCGGACGACGACCAACAACCGGUGACAGAAUCUCUUGCUGCGACAAGGUCCCGUCGGACCAGGAAGGACAAAACUGGACGACUUGCUGCACUAGAGAAACUGAAGAAAGUGAAGAAGGGAGAAAAAGUCAAAUAUGAGGUUGAUGAACUAGAGAAUGUUUAUGAGGAGGUAAAUGAAGAUGAGUAUUCAGACGUUGUCAGGACCAGACAGGAAGAUGAUUGGAUUAUAGACGAUGAUGGCAGUGGUUAUGUUGAGGAUGGGAGGGAGAUAUUUGAUGACGACAUCGCUGGUGGAAGUGAUGCACCAUCGGCAAAGGACAAGAAGAAAACUGGACCAGGGCAAAAGAAAGCUGCCAAACCAAUGGUGAAGAAGCCCGUCAUCAAGCCCAACAACAGCAUCAUGUCCAUGUUCCAGUCCAGCGCUGCCAAGAAAGCUAAGACCGAGAAGGAUGUGAAGCUUGAUGAAGAUGAGCUGUUGGGAGACAUCUUACAGGAGAUGCAUGCUGAGUCCAGAUCAGGAGGACCAGCUCCAAAGAGAAUGAAACCAGCUUCAAUGAGGCCUAGUGGUGCUGCCCCAGUGAACCCCUUUGCUGCAAAGACAACACCCAAGAGACCUCAGGCCACCAGAGCUCGAGUUCCCACCACGAACCUCAGCUACACCCUAUCCUCACCGAGCUCCGCAAAGCCCCGCCCCAAGCCUCAAUCUGAGGACAUCCAGACCACACCCCCCUCCCGCUCUGCGCGACCUCCCGCGACCUUCAGGCCUCCAUCAGCAGGAGCGAAGAAGAAGGCAGCGGUGAAGGUUAAGGAGGAGCCACCAGAGGAGGAAGAGGAGAUGGAUGUAGAAGAAGCUCAGGAUGAAGGAGGAAAUGAUAUUCAAGACAAUGCUGGUGUUGACUUUGGAGACAUAGAUUUCAACGAUGACGACUUUGAUGGACAGAUGUCAGAGGAAGUAUCAAAGGUCAAACAGGAACCUGAAGAUCAAGAUCAAGUGAAGGUCAAAUCUGAGCCAGAGGAGCAUCAAAAGGUCAAGCAGGAGAAGAGGCCCUUUGAGGACCAGGUGAUCUCCGGCAGCGGGUGGGAGACGAUCAAGGGUGAGAUGGGAUCGGCUGAGUCGGUGGUGACGGACGUGAAAGUCGACUCCUCCUCCCUGCCGCUGGUGACCAAUCAGGAGGGAGAGAGCGUGCUCAGGUUCUACUGGAUUGACGCAUAUGAGGAUCAGUACAAGCGGCCUGGUGUUGUGUACAUGUUCGGUAAGGUGUGGAUAGAGUCAGCACGCGCCCACGUCAGCUGUUGUGUCGUGGUCAGGAACAUCGAGAGGUCCAUCUUCCUCCUGCCUCGGGAAACCAGGUUGUUCAAGAAUGGAGAUGACACUGGGGUACCAGUCAGCAUCAUGGACGUUUACCAAGAGUUUGACGAGAAAAUUUCCUCAAAACACAAGAUUAUGAAAUUCAACUCCAGGAAAGUGACCAAGCAGUACGCGUUUGAAAAGCUGGACGUUCCAGUGGAGUCUGACUAUCUGGAAGUCCGAUAUUCUAGUGACCUUCCAGCUCUGCCAGCAGACCUGAAAGGGGAAACCUUCAGCCAUGUGUUCGGUACAAAUACUUCAAGCACGGAACUGUUUUUACUGGAGAGGAGAAUCAAAGGCCCCUGUUGGCUGGAUAUUAAACUACCUCAAAAACCGAACCAGCCGAUCUCGUGGUGUAAGGUGGAGGCUUUUGUGACAAAGGCUGCUCACGUGUCAGUCACAGCGGAAACCCUUACUCCGCCACCAAUGGUUGUGAUGAGCCUGAGUCUGCAGACCCUCCUGAACCCCAAGACUCACCAGAACGAGGUGGUUGCUGUGGCAGCGCUUGUCCACACCCGUUUCCAUAUCGACAAGGCCCCGCCCAAACCACCCUUCCAGGACAACUUCUGUGCUAUCAGCAAACCCAACGAUUGUGUCUUCCCUUAUGAUUUCAAAGAUGCCAUCAGAAAGAAUGGUGCUCGAGUGGAGGUGAUGUCCACAGAGCGAGCUCUCCUGGGAUACUUCCUGGCUAAAGUACACAAGCUGGACCCAGACAUCAUCAUAGGCCAUGACAUCUAUGGAUUUGACCUGGAUGUGCUGCUCCAUCGGAUCAACUCCUGUAAAAUACCUCACUGGUCCAGGAUAGGCAGGCUCAAGAGACAGGUCUUCCCAAAGCUCUCGUCUGGUGGCGGUAGAAGCAGUUUUGUUGAGAAGAGCGCCGCGUGCGGCCGGCUGAUCUGCGAUGUGAAGAUCUCGUCCAAGGAGCUGAUCCGUCUGAAGAGCUACGACCUGACGGAGCUGACCAAACAGAUCCUGCACCAGGACAGGCAGGUGGUGCCGCAGGAGGAGGUCAAGAACAUGUUCAAUACCUCCCAGAAGCUGCUGUACCUGAUCGAGACGACGUGGGUGGACGCCAGCCUAACCCUGAACAUCAUGUGUGAGCUGAACGUGCUGCCGCUGGCUCUACAGAUCACCAACAUCUGCGGAAACCUUCUGGGUCGCACGUUGAUGGGAGGUCGCUCGGAGAGGAACGAAUACCUCCUGCUGCACGCCUUCCAGGAGAAAGGCUUCAUCGUACCCGACAAGACUUACGGAAAGAAGCAAGCAGCCGCACACCCGGUGGAUGUGGAUGCAGAUGACGACGACCAGGCAAAACCAACCAGCAAGAAGGGCAGGAGGAAGCCGGCUUACGCUGGGGGUCUCGUGUUGGAGCCAAAAAAAGGUUUCUAUGACAAGUACAUCCUCCUGCUGGACUUCAACAGUCUGUACCCCUCCAUCAUUCAGGAGUACAACAUCUGUUUCACCACCAUCAGUAGGGAGGUGCCUCAAUCACAGGGAGGAGAUGCUGAGGAGGAACAGCUCCCCAACCUUCCCGACGCUGACCUUGAGCCCGGCGUGUUGCCGACGGAGAUCCGGAAGCUGGUGGAGCGGAGACGGCAGGUCAAACAGCUGAUGAAGCAACCCGACCUGAACCCUGACCUCAAGCUACAGUACAACAUCCGCCAGCAGGCCCUGAAGCUGACAGCCAACAGCAUGUACGGCUGUCUGGGGUUCACUUACUCCAGGUUCUACGCUAAGCCGCUCGCUGCACUGGUCACCAGUAAGGGCAGGGAGAUCCUACUCAAGACUAAGGACCUGGUGCAGAAGAUGAACCUGGAUGUGAUCUAUGGUGACACAGACUCCAUCAUGAUCAACACCAACAGCACCAACUGGGACGACGUCUUCAAACUCGGCAACAAGGUUAAGAGCGAGGUGAACAAGCUGUACCGACUGCUGGAGUUGGACAUUGAUGGUGUCUUCAAGUCGAUGCUGCUGCUCAAGAAAAAGAAAUACGCUGCUCUCACCAUCAGCAAGAACCCUGAUGGUUCCUUCAGCCUAUGUCAUUGGACAGAUCUUAUCUGACCAGCCUCGAGACAAAAUCGUGGAGAACAUCCACGAGAAACUGACAGAAGUGGGAGAGAAAGUGAAAAGUGGAGAUAUUCCCGUGCAGAUGUAUGAGAUCAACAAGGCACUGACGAAGAAUCCCCAGGACUACCCUGAUAAGAAGACCCUGCCCCAUGUGCAGGUGGCCAUGUGGAUGAACUCCCACAGUGAGGGGAAGAAAGUUGGUGCAGGAGACACCAUCUCCUACAUUAUCUGUGAGGAUGGUUCCAGACUGCCUGCCACCCAGCGGGCGUACGCAGCAGACAGACUGGCUAAAGACGAAAACCUGAAGAUAGACACGCAGUACUACCUGUCCCAACAGGUCCAUCCAGUCGUGUCCCGUCUGUGUGACCCCAUCGAUGGAACAGACGCAGGCAUCAUAGCCGAGUGUCUUGGUCUAGACCCAUCUGGUUACAGAAAGGCACAACAGUACCAUGACGAUGAGAGUGAAGCACUUCUAGGAGGAAACGCAGCAAUGACGGAUGAGGAAAAAUUCAAAGAUGCCGAAAGGUUCAAGUUCAACUGCCCUAAACCAGAAUGUGGCAAAGAAAACAUCUGGGACGGAGUCUUUGUGGCAAAUAGCCCAGUCCCAGAGUUCACCCUGUCCCAGUGUGCCAACAGUCAGUGUGACCUGGCCCCCACCCAGUACCUCACCAUGCUGAAGAACAAGCUCACACUGGCCACCAGGAGGCACGUCAAGAUGUACUACGAGGGUUGGAUGAAGUGCGACGACCCCUCCUGUGCUUCCCGUACACGACGAGUUCCCAUGAACCCCCAGCGUAACGGCGCCGUCUGUCCGACCUGCAACAAGGGCAUCCUUCAGCAGGAGUACACAGACUCCCAGCUGUACACUCAGCUGCUGUUCUACCAGCACAUCUUUGACCUGGACAAGGCCAUCGACAAGCUGCCGGAGAAGGAGAGAGUGAGACCCCGUGGAAUGAAGAAAGAGUACCUCUCAGAGUACCACUCUCUUAAGACAGUGGCUGACAAGAGACUUAAGUUUAACGGCUACUCAGAAGUCAACCUGAACAAGCUGUUUGAAGGGCUGUAUGUGUUAAAGUAGGGGAAGGACGUCAACUUAAAAUAUAUAUAACACCCGGUUAAUUUCAAGAUAUCCAGUACUAUGAUACAGCAUUAAUGAUCCCAGAGGUAUGCACACUUAAGAUAUUGAGGUGUUCAAGAUAGUCUUGAGAAGGCCUUAAUAACGCCUUUUUAAUGUGGAGGUCUUACAGUGUCUUGCAGAAUGGUCAGAGGGGACAUAAGUACAAAUGUACUAUUUUCUUGAAAAUAGCCAAAAACAAACAAAACAACUGUGCUGAUGAUUGCUAACUUAGAAUGGAUGGAUGUGAAAAUGUACAUGUUUAAUAUUGAAAUCGGACUAAAGCUAGUAAAUAUGUCAAAGCCCUAGUAGUUAACACUUUGUAUUACAUCUGAGGGAAAUCUUGAAAAGUUAUGAGAUUGUACAUGUAUGUUGACUGUGUUGUCAAUGAGAAAAGGUAACCUGUGUAUCUUUAGACAUUCCUGUACUUAACCCUCGAAUUUAUUUUUUGUUCAAAUGCGCAAAGUUUGCGAAAAUUUGGACCAACAAUCUUACCAUUGUACAUGUACAGUUUUUACUUGUAUGCAUGCGUCUUCCUAUACUGCUCAAACUGAUUAUUUUCCAUUCUUGUGUUACUUGUAGGUAAACUAAUGAUUAAAGGGCUUUUGUUAGAAUCUCAAGAAAUGGGCAUUUGAAAUUUAUGAAUGGAUACAAGAAUAAAGUGUUGCUGCUAGCCAUAGAAAUGUGGCCAGCCCCAACUA